AUGGAGGUGGCCUACUGGAAAUGUGCUAACUCUCUUCCGCCCAGAGACACCAUCUACUUCCUCACUGCCUUUGUGAGUAGUGCGAGUCUGCUUCUUAGCAUCAGCCUCCUCAUAGUGCUGUGUAUCCUAACAGGCAAAACGAAGACCUAUCUGAUUCAUAUGCGGGCUCUGACUGCAUCCACCGUACUCUGCAGUUUCAUCGGUUUCUGCAAUCACGUAAUCCCACCGCGAUUCACACCAAAUGACUACAUUUUUGGCCGGGUCGUAUGCCACGUUUGGAGCAGUCGCUACCUCUUCGAUGCCUCCUACAUCUUCGGGGCGCUGAACCUCAAUUUCAUGGUGGGAAACAGGGCAAUUCAGAUUGUCGGCAAAUACCAGAAUGCCUUUGCGCCUUCAAUGUUCUCCGAUCUAACCUACUUGAUAAUUAUAGGACUGAGUAGCGUCCUGAGUAUACUCUGCCAGGCAUUUGUGGUGGAAUGGAAUGGUAGGUUCUGUUUCUGCCGUGAAACAGGCAUGCCCUACAUGGUGCUCGUGGCCGCCUACGUGGGAACCUUUGUCCGCUUUGGCCUAACCGUGAUCAUCAGCCCGGUUAUCUUGUGUGUCUCGUGUUAUAAAAUUGUCCAGUGGGUGCGUAACACACCAGCGGCGGACCUUACGGACACUUGGAAUGGUCUGGCUCUCCCCGGGAGCACGGAGCAGCAGGUGGUGCAACUGCUUCGACCGCGUGGCUGGAUGACGGCAUCUAUGUGCAUUGUACCUCUUUCAGCAAACUUUGUGGCCUUCAGC